GAAACUAAAAUCCAAUUUCUUAGAUUUUUAUUCUACUACACUAGUCGAGGUCCUGUAUUGGCAAUGAGCAGAAAACUGAAAUCUAGAGCAACCUUGAAUCACCUUCAACAACAGCUUUCUUUUAAACAGUCCACACUUAUUUAGUAUAUAUAUCCUGUCCUCUAUCAUCAAAACUCUUACUCAGCUGAAGACAUUUUUUUCCUUGUCAACAUUCUCUACUUUCCUCUUACCUUCUUUCCAUUUUUAGUAUCCACCCUCUAAAGAACCACAGACAAAGGAACACAUUUAAAGAAGAGCUGCCUGUAUCAAAACCAUUGCGUUCACAUGGGGAACAAACUUAAGAACCUGGGAUAUUAAGCUUGUAAAAGAAGAUCUAGAGGGGGAAAUGACUGCCCUCAAACACAGAAGAGUUGUUCUGUAUGGUCCUGAGAAAUGUUGAUUAUGAGACCAAUGCCCACAAAUAUUGGAAUGACUUCUACAAAAUCCAUGAAAAUGGAUUUUUCAAGGACAGGCAUUGGCUUUUCACUGAAUUCCCAGAACUGGCACCUAGUCAAAACCAAAAUCACUUGAUGGAUUGGCUCUCAGAGAAUAAGAGGAGCGAAGUGCCUGAAUGUAGGAGCAAUGCGGAUGGACCUGGUUUAAUAACAGAAGAACAGCACAAGUGCUCUUCAAACAGCCUUGGGCAUAAAGCACAGACUCUUCCUGUGGAAGAGAAGGUAACUCAGAAACUCAGUCACUUGGAAAUCUGUGCUGAUGAGUUUCCUGGAUCCUCAGCCACCUACCGAAUACUCGAGGUUGGUUGUGGUGUGGGAAACACAGUCUUUCCGAUUUUACAAACCAACAGUGACCCAAAACUCUUUGUUUAUUGUUGUGAUUUUUCUUCCACGGCUAUACAACUGGUCCAGACAAAUUCAGCAUAUGAUGCAGCAAGGUGUUUUGCCUUUGUUCAUGAUUUGUGUGAUGAAGAUAAGAGUUAUCCGAUUCCCGGAGACAGUCUUGAUAUUAUUAUCCUCAUAUUUGUUCUUUCAGCGAUUGUUCCAGAUAAGAUGCAGAAGGCUAUCACUAGGCUGAGCAGGCUUUUGAAGCCUGGAGGGAUGAUGCUUCUGCGAGAUUAUGGCCGCCAUGACAUGGCUCAGCUUCGGUUUAAAAAAGGUCAGUGUCUAUCUGAAAAUUUCUAUGUGAGAGGUGAUGGCACCAGAGUUUACUUCUUCACACAAGAUGAACUGGAUACACUUUUCACGACUGCUGGACUGGAAAAGGUUCAGAACCUGGUGGAUCGCCGAUUGCAAGUGAACCGAGGGAAACAGCUGACAAUGUACCGAGUUUGGAUUCAGUGCAAAUACCGCAAACCUCUUCUGGCCAACACUGGCUCCUGACAGGAUGGGGCUCCUUGGCUUUUUAAAAAAACAUUCACAACUGGUGUCUUGUUGAUGUUGGACAGUCCAAGGAAACUUGAGCCUUGAACCUAGGGAAAAUGACUUUUAUCAAGAUUCUAACCAUCAUGCUUUCUAUUUGUGAAGCCCUUUAAUGUAUACUUUCCUCCAGCUUUUUCUUACUUUGAGAUCUCAAAAAAUCUUUCUUGUCAUUUUAUAGUAUCUUAAUAACUGUAGUAUUCAUGGGAAUUGGGAAUUUUAAAGGCAUCAAGAAAUUUCCAUGUGAAAGUAUCAUGUAUGAUAAAGUGCCAUUUGACUGUAUGUUUCAUUAAGUUAUUUGAAAUGCAAAUACCCAGUUCCAAGGUGUUUUAAGCACUUUUCCCCUUCUCUAAGUAACCUGUGUCCAAAAAUUAAAAGGAUCUUCAUUUUUAGCAAAAUCGCCUUAUUUUUUGUGUCCUUAAAUGUUUGACACAAAAGGAAUUGAGAGAACUUUAUUUUAGCCACAUCACUUCACUUCUGAAUGUGAUUGUCAUCAGUGUUACCUUUUUUUAUGUUCUGCUUAUUUUCAGUUAUUAUUUUUACAUGUUUCUCUCUUGUGGUCCAUAAGUUAUAUGAUGUUUUCUUUUUCUUUUUUUAAAAUAUGUUUUUAUUGAUUUCAAAGAGAGGAAGGGCCGAAACCGGUUUGGCUCAGUGGAUAGAGCGUCAGCCUGUGGACUGAAAGGUCCCAGGUUCGAUUCCGGUCAAAGGCAUGUACCUUGGUUGUGGGCACAUCCCCAGUAGGGGG